UUCCCAACGUUAACGGCCCUGGUUCGUGGUCGGCGCAAAUCCUCCAUUGAAGUAUUCAACCGUACGUGGGACUUGAAAGGAGCAGCGCGCAAUCUUCAUCUCAGAAGCCCCAUGGAGCCGCAAGCUCCCGCCACCGGUGCCUCCGCUUCUUCCCAGCCUUCUGAGCCCUCACAGUCUCACCCAUCGCAGCCUCCCGCGACUUCGCUCCCUCCCAAUUCCUCAUCAGCCCCUUCACUCUCUGCUCCGCUGCAUUCUUCCCCAAACCCUAAUCCUGUCCCGAACCAACCCCCUAACACAACCUCCAAAGCGCCUUCUCCUUCCCCUCUUCCGUCUACAUCGGCACCCCCACAAUCUCGCCCUCCCACCGCAUUCAACAGAAACUUACCGCAGCAACCACAGCAGCAGCAUUAUCCGCACUUCUCUUCGACUCUCUCUUCACUUCCUCCUGCAUCUUCUGCUCCGGUUGGUUCUGGGUCUUCUUAUUCGUCUGCUGGUUCACCGUCGAUUUCCGGGCCUUCUGCACCAAGGGGCGGCAUGGCGAUCGGUGUUCCCGCCCACCACCAGAAUCCGUCUCCUCCGUUUUCAUCCUCUUUCGGGCAGCAUUUUGGAGGGUUGGGACGAACUGGAGUCAACAUCACUGACUCGACCCCUAAUUCUACCGCUGCUCCGGUCAGAGCGCCCACGCAAGGAAUGGGCAUGCUAGGAUCUCUCGGUUCAAGUUCUCAAAUGCGACCAGGUGGAAUGCCUACACAUCAACACCGACCCAUCCAAUCAUCUCUUAGAGCACCAUCUGCCCAAAGUAAUCAGUCCACUGGUUCACAAAGUUUCCAAGGUCCUGGACUCAUGAGAGCCUCAUCGGUGGGAUCACCUGCUUCACCAUCUGUAAGUGCAUCACAAGGCAUGCAGUCACUUAAUCAGCCUUGGCUGUCUUCUGGAACACCAGGGAAGCCUCCUCUACCAUCUGCUUCUUAUAGGCAACACCCACCAUCCCUGCAGCAAAGGGCACACAUACCGGCCCAGCAACACUCAACACCAACAGCAUCACAGCAACAGCAACACCAACCUUUGGCAUCAAACCAGUUGCAGGAUCAUUUGGGGCAGCAAGUUCCAUCUUCAAGGGCGCUUCAUAUGUCUCACCAGCAGCAGAAUACAAAAGUACAAGGACCUGGCAAUCAAAAGCCUACUACUCUUGCGCCAUCACAACCCAGUGCAGUUCAAGCAGGGAUUCAGAAUCGAACAUCUAAUGUAGAUGCUGAUGAAUCAUGUAAUAGAAUUCUGAGCAAAAGAACUAUUCAUGAGCUAGUCAGUCAGGUUGAUCCAUCAGAGAAGCUGGAUCCUGAAGUCGCAGACAUUCUUGUGGAUAUAGCAGAAAAUUUUUUAGAAUCUAUCACUAAAUCUGGUUGCUCACUUGCCAAGCAUCGGAAAUCAACUAUGUUGGAAGCAAAAGACAUACUUCUAAAUUUAGAGAAAAAUUGGAAUAUGUCACUUCCUGGAUUUGGUGGCGAUGAGAUUAAAAGCUAUAGAAGACAGCUUGCUAGUGAUAUUCACAAGGAGCGUCUUGCAGCUAUAAAGAAGUCGAUGGUAGCAACAGAGGCCGCACACCAUAAGGGCUCUGCUGGCCAGGCAACUGGUGGUGUUAAGGGGACUCAAGGAAAGACACCUGGAAAUGUCUUUAGCUCGUCUGCUUCUAAGAAUUCAUGAGGUGCCUGAGGUAUCGGUGCUUUGUGCCAUAAGAUUCUAUCAGAGAGGUACCUCUGUGUGCCAUGCAUAAAUGGCAUCUAUACCCUUCUGGCUAUAUGAAGUUCCGUGCAGAUUCAGGAGUCCACUAUUGUGAAGUUUAGCUUUGAAAUUGCGCCAUGCUGUGGAGUAUAAAUGCUGUGGAAUGCAAUGAUUGCUACAUUUAAUGCUGUAUAAUGCAAUGACUGCUACAUGUCUUUGAUACCAGGUGAUUAAAAUUAUACAAGUGUAAUACACUUAUAGUGAAAAGUCAAUUAUUACUGUCAUGUUUACAUGAUUCUUCCACUAUCAGACGCUCUGGUCAAGUUAGUUGGAAAUGCUGGGACUUUCCCUCUAAUCUCAAAACUUCUCCAACAUAAGUUGCUUGGAGGGUCAUGAGAGUGCAAAAUGUGUAUUAGUUAGUUUGUUAGUUAUUUGUAAAAAAUAGGUUUUAUCUUUCGUAGAGUGUCUUUGUUUAUCAUGUGUAUUAGUCA